GCCUGUCUGAGAUUAAAUAUCAAAACAACUCCAGUGAGCCGGGCCGAGACGGAGAACGUGGUUGCUUUCGGUCAGGAGCGAAAAGAUUCCACAGAGUCUUUUAUUUCUCCUUCUAGCUUUUCUGCCUCUUGUCAACAUGUCUCAGCGGAGCUUUGCUUUCACUCCAACAGCUCUGCGCUCCUUAGAGCAGGAGCGAGACCUCGUGGAGAGAAGGACACAUCAGAGGAAGCUCAUUGAGCCGACAGUCAGUGGCUACCUGCUGAGGAAGGAAGCUCGGGAAAGGGCGGCGGUGUCUAGGAACAACACAGAGGUGGCGUCGGUGCCACUGCUUUGUCGUGAUUUGGUGGUUCAGAACGCGCUGUACACAGGAGACCUGGAGGCCGUGAAGAACCUGUUUCCCAAAGGCUCACCUGAGAAACUGGUCAUCAAGCCUGAGGGAGGAGCCAUGCGCUGGGUCGCUGACGGGAGAGUGAGAGGACUGUGGUCUCUGACCUACGAGCAGGAGCUGACCACUCCUCUGCACAUCACAGCGGGCAGAGGCUUCACCGAUUGCCUGAGGCAUCUCCUCCUGAGAGGGGCUAGUGUAGAUUUUGCCCCUACGGGCACCACUGCACUGCACGAGGCAUGCCAGGAGUGCCAGGCAGACUGCGUUAAACUGCUGCUGCAGUACGGCGCCAAUGCCAACGCUGUCAACGAGGAAGGACUGAUGCCCCUGCACCUCUGCACCGAGCCCGAGUCACUGGAGUGUGCCAAGCAGGUCAUCCAGUAUGGUGCAGCCAUAAACGGCCGCAGCUUAGAUGAAAAUGACAUGCCGCUGCAUGUAGCUGCACGUCAUGGUCUUCUGGACCAUGUGGAUCUGUACCUACGUCACGGUGCAGCAAUGGAGGGGCAAAAUGAUGAAGGACAAACACCACUUAACACUGCAUGUUCACAGCCGCAUGAGCACGCUGCUCUGGAGCGCUAUGCCAAAGUGUGCAAGCGGCUGGUGGAGGCCGGGGCAGAUGUUAGCACGAGCGACGCUGACAAACACAGUCCUCUACACAUGGCAUGUAAGAACCCCAACCCCGGGACAGUGGAGCUGCUUCUGCGACACGGUGCCUCCGUCAAUGACAUGGACUAUGGAGGUGAGGCGCCCCUGCAUAAUAUCCUAAAAAUGGUGGCCUAUAAGUUGGAGCAUGAACCCGAGCGGAUUGUGCAAGAACUGCUCAACUACGGAUCGAUCAGGGUGUGGCCGGGAUCUCUGCCAAAGGUCCUGAAGUAUUGCUGCAUGUCACCACGUACAAUAGAAGUGUUGCUGAAUGCAUACAGCCGUCUCAAAGUCAAUGAUAACUGGGUGGAAGCUGUUCCUCCAGAGGUGUUUCAGAAACAUCAGGACUUUUACGAGUCUGUGUUUGCCCUGGCCAAUACUCCUCGCUCUUUGCAGCAUCUGGCUCGCCACAGCUUACGCACCUAUCUAGAAGGCCGUGUGCACAAAGUGGUGCCCAAAUUAGACCUGCCCACAUUUCUGAAGGACUACUUGAUGCUGGGGUUUCGAGGCUAUGUUCACUAACCGUCUGCUGAAUCAGACGUGUACUAUCAAGCUUGACAGGCAUCAAGUGAAAAGUACAUGGAUGUUGAUUAAUCCUGUGUAAAACUGUAUAAUGAUGAUGACAGUAUGUCGGCAUGUCGUUUUUGAACUUUAUGUUAUUCUCUAUGCACACCGGCAGAGGUGCCAAUAAUUACACUGCUACGGCGCCACAGCUGAAAUCUACACAGACACAAAUUUCAGAUUAAUUUAAGGGGAAAUGGUGCAGUAUUUUAUCUGCUGGUGGUGCUUUAUAUUUGGAUUUUUGGUGGCCCAUUUUGUGAAACAAAAGCAAUUUUUUUGAACUCUUUGGUCAAUAAAAUAAAACAUUUCCAACUUUGUCUACUUAUAUAAAAACACAAAGGUUAUCACAAGUUUUAAGCCAGAAUAAAAACACGUCAAAUGAAUAAAUGUAAAUUGCCUUAAAUGAGACCCGAAUAUCAUUCAGCGCUGUGCAUAAAUUUGAAAUACAUUUGUCUAUCUGUGUAGCAAACAACAUUUGAGAAGUGUUUUAUUUAUAUUCAGCGUUUAAAAGACUGAUGAUGAUGAUGAUGAUGAUGAUGAUGAUGAUGAUGAUGAUAAUGAUGAUGAUGAUGAUGGGAAAUUAGCUUUUGUAGAUGCUAACAAUCAUUUCCUUUUCCGUUCGCUGUUUUACUCAUGUUAAAAUAAGGUGUUAUCCCUUGUAAUUAAAGUAUUAUUUUAUGUCAAAGUAGAUUUAUUUACCGUUUUGAAUGCUUUUUCAUAAAUAGAUUAAUUUUAGAUAGAUUAAUUUUUAUUGAUGAGCUGAUUAUUAAUGUCGAGGACCUUGCGGUUAUCUUUUUUACCACAAGGGGGCGCCGUGAAUUUAGGGCUUUCACAUCUCUAUUUAGAAAGACUAUAUGAAGUAUUUAAGAAAUGAAUUUAUUUGCACACUGUUAUUAACAUGUUUUCCUAAUUGUGGUAGUGUUUUUUUUUGUUACUAAAAUUGUAGAAUACGUAUUGCAGAAAACUAUUGGCACCCUUCUUAAAUGACAAUAAAAUAAACAUAAAAUCAUAAAUGGAUCUUUGUUCUAACAACAGAAAAAGAUUACAGUGUUAAAUGAUGUUAUUGUUUAGAACAAUAGUAAAAGGAAUUUUAAAUAAAUCCAGUCUUUUAAAAAAAUGUAACGACAAACUUUCAACACAAAUGGUUGACAUGCACAAAUCAGCUAAAGUAAUACCUUUAAGCAUCUUUAAAUUAGGGUCAUUAGUUUCACAUGUCAGGAGGAAAACGAUGAAGGAGAUGUAAAUAAAAGCUACAUCAACUGUUAAACACUGUAUAUGAAAGUUUUUUGGUCAUGCAUACCAUCAGCCAUCAUAUCUUCAUAUCUUGAAGUAAAAUCUGGAGGUGGAUCCACGAUGUUUUGGAGCUGGUUGCUUCAGCCAGGGAUUUGGAGCAUUAUAAAGCCUGUGUUCCAGAUGUACAAGCUUGAGUAGUUAUAGAAUGUUAAGUGUUCCAACACAGAAAGUGUCUUCAUGCUGUUAAUAACUGAUUAUUCAAUGUUAAAUAAAUUCAUUUACAUUUUUAGACAAAAUUUGACCAAAAAUGAUGUAUAUUUUAAAUGAAACUUUUUUUUUGUCACAUUUUGAAAGCACAGCAUCCCUGUAAACAUCCCUGUGGCAUUAAGGUUGUCCAGAGCUUACUGAUUAAUUCCCACACGUUAAAACAUGAAUUGUUUUCAUGAACGAAACAUUUCUAGACAAAUUUUUCUUUUCCAUAAAUGGACAGUGAUAAAUAAAAUUCUCCUAAUGCUCAAUUAAUUAC